GGCUCCUGUCCGUCUCGCCGCGGCUGUUUUGGGCUCCAAAACGUCGAUUUAGACGCCGCUGAAGUCGCGGACGGCGCCAGCGGCAGAGGGUGACGUUUCCCCGGGUCACCGUCCUCUCAUGAGCCCAGACUGGACCCGGUCUGGAUCCCGGUCCUGCCGCUCUUCCUUCGGCUGGACUCCUCAUGAGCGGGCUGCAGAGCGACCAUGGAUCUGUUCUUCGCGGAGGGCCAGCGUGUUUGGCUUCGAGAGGAUGACCAGUAUCUUCCCAGCACCGUGUCCUCGGGCGGCGGCGGCGUGGUCGUUUUCGCCACAGACUAUGGUCAGGUCUACACCUACAAGCAGAACACUCUGACGCAGCAGAAGGUCCAGCCCAUGCAUGGCAGCGGCAGCAGCGGGGCCUGGGUGGAGGACAUGUCCACUCUGGAGGACCUUCACGAUGGCGCCGUCCUGCACAACCUCUUCCUGCGCUACAGACACACACACAUCUAUACGUACAUCGGGUCCAUCCUCGCUGCCAUCAACCCGUACCAGCCGCUGCCUGACCUGUACGACCGAGCCGCCGUGGAGCUCUACAGUCGGCACCACCUAGGAGAGAUCCCGCCACACAUCUUCGCUAUCGCUAACGAGUGCUACCGCUCGCUAUGGAGGCGCCCACAGAACCAGUGUGUCCUGAUCAGUGGCGAGAGCGGCGCCGGGAAGACCGAGAGCACCAAGCUGAUCCUCAAGUUCCUGUCGGCCAUGAGCCAGAACUCUCUGGAGGCGUCGGCACAAGUCCGGACGUCCCAUGUGGAGGAGGCGCUGCUGGAGAGCAGUCCCAUCAUGGAAGCAUUCGGAAAUGCCAAGACGGUCUUCAACAACAACUCCAGUCGCGUCGGGAAGUUCGUGCAGCUGCACUUCAGUCAGCAAGGAAACAUUCAGGGAGGGCGCAUCCUCGACUACCUCUUAGAAAAGAACCGGGUUGUGAGACAGAACCCUGGAGAGAGAAACUACCACAUGUUCUAUGCUCUGGUGGCUGGAACCAACAAGAGCCAACAUGAGGCUUUGGGUCUGGCGCCAGCGGAGAACUUCCACUACCUAAACCAGAGCGGCUGCUGCAGCGACGAGACCAUUAAUGACCAGGAAACAUUCCACGAAGUCCUGAACUCCAUGAGGACGAUGAAUUUCAGCGAGGAGCACACAGACGAGAUCCUGCGACUGCUGGCGGGAAUUCUGCACGCGGGUAACAUUCAGUUCAUGACGGCCGGAGGAGCUCAGGUCACGUCCAAGUCCGCUCUCGCCCGGACCUCAGAGCUGCUGGGCCUGGACUGUGAGCAGCUGGCUGAAGUGCUGACCCACCGGUCCAUGAUCCUGCGGGGAGAGGAGAUCUCCACCCCGCUGACUGUGGAGCAGGCGGUGGACUCGCGGGACUCGUUGGCGAUGGCGCUCUACUCGCAGUGCUUCACCUGGAUCAUCCGAAAACUCAACCUCCGCAUCAGAGGACCUGAGGACUUCAAGUCCGUCGGCAUCCUGGACAUUUUCGGCUUUGAGAACUUCCAGGAGAACACGUUUGAGCAGUUCAACAUCAACUACGCCAACGAGAAGCUGCAGGAGUACUUCAACAAGCACAUCUUCUCUCUGGAGCAGCUGGAGUACAACAAGGAGGGGCUGGUCUGGGUCCACAUCGACUGGAAGGACAACAGUGAGUGUUUGGAUCUGAUUGAGAAGAAACUGGGUCUUCUGUCGCUCCUGAACGAGGAGAGUCACUUCCCAAAGGCGACGGAUGAAACUCUGCUGGAGAAACUUCACAGUCAGCACUCGAAAAACUAUUUCUACAUCAAACCUCGGGUCGCUGUUCACCUGUUCGGAGUCAGGCACUACGCUGGAGAGGUUCUGUACGAUGUGAGAGGAAUGUUGGAGAAGAACAGGGACACUUUUAGAGACGAUGUCCUCAAUCUGCUGAAGGAGAGCAGGUCCGACUUCGUCUACGAUCUUUUUGAAAACGUUCACAGUCGCAACAAUCAAGACACGCUGAAGAGUAACAAACACCGACGACCCACCGUCAGCUCACAGUUCAAGGACUCUCUUCACUCGCUCAUGUCGACUCUGAACACGUCAAACCCGUAUUUUAUUCGCUGUAUCAAACCAAAUGCACAGAAGAUGCCGGACCUCUUUGACCAGUCGCUGGUUCUGAAUCAGCUCCGAUAUUCCGGAAUCUUGGAGACAGUGAAGAUCAGGCGGGCAGGAUUUCCCAUCCGGAGACCAUUCCAGGAAUUCUGUGCCAGGUACCAGGUGCUGAUGCGGCGUGCGGUCUCAGCAGAUGACCCCAGGGGGCGCUGCCUUCAGCUGCUGCAGCUACAUGAUAGCAGCUCUGCUGAGUGGCAGCUGGGGAAGACCAAGGUCUUCCUGAGAGAGUCUUUGGAGCGUCGUCUGGAGAAGCUGCGAGAGCUGGAGGUCUUGAGAGCAGCAAUGAUCAUCAGAGCUCACAUUCUGGGACACCUGGCCAGGAAGCGAUACAGGAAGUUGCUGCGCAGCAUCCUGGUGGUCCAGAAGAACUGUCGUGCCCUCUACUGGAGGAGGAAGUUCCUGCAGCAGCGGAGGGCCGCCGUCACGCUGCAGACGAGGGUUAGAGGUCACCUGGCCCGCCGGACCUUCAAGGUCCUGCUGCAGGAGAAGAGGAGGAGGGAGGAAGAGGAGCAGAGGAGGGAGGAUGAGAGGAGGAGGGAGGAAGAGAGGAGGAGGGAGGAAGAGGAAGAGAGGAGGAGGGAAGAAGAGGAAGAGAGGAGGAGGAGGGACGAGGAGAGAAAGAGGGCGGAAGAGGAGCAGAAAAGGAUGGAAGAGGAGGAGAGGGAGAGGAAGCGUGUGGAGGCGGAGCGAGUGGCCUCACAGGGGGAGCAAUGGAGGGAGGAGGAGCAGCAAGCUGAAGUGCUCACUGCUCCACUACUGCCAGUGUCGGGGCAGUCAGGGCCUCUGCUGGACUCUCAGCAGGUCACAGAGGAGGUGGGCAUCCAUCCUCAAGAGGCCUCCCAAGUGGAGGAGAUCCUGCGGCUGGAGCGGGAGAUCCAGACGCUGCAGCGGAAGAAGGAGCGCCAGGAGCAGUCCCUCACCGAGGCGUCCCUCAGCCGCCUGCAGCUCCUGCGGGACCAGGAGCUGCAGCGGCUGGAGGACGAGGCCUGCCGGGCGGCGCAGAUGUUCCUGGACUCGCUCAACUUCGAUGAGAUCGAUGAGUGCGUGAGGAACAUCGAGAACUCCCUGGGAGGUGCGGGGGGAGAGGAGAAGGAGGCGCCCUGCUGUGAGCGGCGUGAGGAAGAGGAAGUGGACGAAGGUUUCGGUGCCGACGACGAGGCCUUCAAGGACUCGCCCAACCCCAGCGAACACGGACACUCGGAUGGGCAGCGAACCAGUGGAAUUCGCACCAGUGACGACUCCUCAGAGGAAGACCCCUACGCCAACGACCGGGUGAUCCCACCGCUACCGCCGACCACGAUCCUUCACCACAUGCUGCCCCCACCCCACUGUAGCCCUCCCUCCGAGGACCCGGUGGAGCUCAUCCCUCCAGACGAGGAGUCGGACUACGACCAGGACUACUUUGACGAGGGUGCCAUCGUGUCCAGUGGCAGCAUGGCCUUGUCUCACCCCCGCAGUGGUCAGUGGUCCCCAGACUGCCGUGGCUCAGUCAGCACCUACAACAGUUCGGGGAUCUACCGCCUUGGCUCAGAGGGGGCGCAGUCCUCGUUUGAGGACAGUGAGGACGACUUCGACCGCCUAGACAUGGACGAUGACCUGUCGUUCCGCCGGGACUCGGUCUACAGCUGCGUGACGCUGCCGUACUUCCACAGCUUUCUGCUCAUCAGAGGCGGCCUGAUGAAUACCUGGAAACGGCGCUGGUGCGUACUGAAGGACGAGACCUUCUUGUGGUUCCGCGCGAAGCAGGAGGCGUUGAAGCAGGGCUGGCUGCACAAGAAGGGCGGCGGCUCGUCCACACUUUCGCGCCGCAACUGGAAGCGGCGCUGGUUCGUGCUGCGCCAGAGCAAACUCAUGUAUUUCGAGAACGACGGCGAGGACCGGCUCAAGGGCGUCCUAGAUAUGCACAACGCCAAGGACGUCGUCGACAACACGGGCAAAGAGAACGGCAUCAACAUCGUGAUGCCUGACCGGACGUAUCACCUGAUCGCGGAGACGGCGGAGGACGCCAGCCAGUGGUUCAGCGUGCUGAGUCAGGUCAGCGGCUCCACAGAGCAGGAGAUCAGCGAGAUGCACGACGAGCAGGCGAAUCCUCAGAAUGCUGUGGGAACUCUAGAUGUCGGGAUGAUCGAUUCCGUGUGUGCGUCUGACAACCCUGAGAGGCCGAACUCCUUUGUCAUCAUCACAGCGAACCGCGUGCUGCACUGCAAUGCCGACACUCCUGAAGAGAUGCACCACUGGAUCACCCUGCUGCAGCGAUCCAAGGGAGACACUCGAGUGGACGGGCAGGAGUUCAUCAUCCGAGGUUGGCUGCACAAGGAGGUGAAGACCAGCAGCAGAACGUCGCUGAAGCUGAAGAAGCGCUGGUUCCUUCUGACCCACAACUCUCUGGACUACUACAAGAGUUCGGAGCGGAGCGCCCCCAAGCUGGGGACGCUGGUGUUGAACAGCCUCUGCUCUGUGGUUCUGCCGGACGAGAAGGUCUUCAAAGAGACAGGUUACUGGAACGUCAUCGUGUUCGGGCGCAAACACUCGUACCGGCUCUACAGCAAGCUGUUGAACGAGGCGGCCCGCUGGGCCGGCGCCGUGCAGAACGUCAUCGACAGCAAAGCCCCCAUUGAUACGCCGACCCAGCAACUGAUCCACGACAUCAAGGAGAACUGUCUGAACUCGGAGGUGGUGGAUCAGAUCUACCAAAGGAACCCAAUCCUUCGGCACAGUGUUCACCCACUGCACUCUCCGCUGCUGCCGCUACCCUACGGAGAGAUUUGCCCAACAGCUGGUAGGACCAGACCAUACACCACUCUUCAGGAGGAGGCUCAGAAGGUGUUCAGCUCCCUGCAGCACCUGGAGGGUGUGUCAGACCCAGUUCCGUUCAUCCAGGGAAUCGUGCAGACGGGCUUGGAACUGAAGGCUCUGCGGGACGAGAUCUACUGUCAGCUGAUCAAACAGACCACACGUCCACCCCGCCCUGGUGGACCUGGGAACAUCUGUAGCUGGAGGAUUCUCACCUGCAUGAGCUGCAGCUUCAUCCCAAGCAGGAGCAUUAGCAGAUACCUCAAGUUCCACCUCAAGAGGACCAGAGAGCUCUUCCCCGGCACAGAGAUGGGGCACUAUGCCGCCUUUGCCCUGGACUCUCUGAGGAGAACCAGAACCAGAGAGAAUGUCCCGUCGCAGGAGGAGAUCCGGUCCAUCAUUGCCCGACAAGACAUGAGGGCCACCGUCUUCUGUCACGGUGGAGGUUGCUGCAAGAUCUCCAUCAACUCUCACACUACGGCCGGAGAGGUGGUGGAGAAGCUUCUGCGCGGCCUCUCGAUGGAAAACAGCAGAAACUCAUUUGCUCUCUUUGAACACAACGACUGGACGGAGAAGGCAGUGGAGAACCGCACCGUGGUGGCCGAUGUGCUGGCCCGCUUCGAGAGAUUGUCAGCCACCUCAGAGCCACGGAACUCGGGCUGGAAGUUCUACUUCAAACUCUACUGCUUCCUAGACACGGACAGCGUUCCGCGGGACAGCGUGGAAUUUGCCUUCAUCUUUGAGCAGGCUCAUGAGGCCGUAAUAAGGGGUCAAUACCCGGCGCCUGAGGAGACCCUGCAGUUUCUGGCUGCAUUGAGGCUCCAGUACCUUCUUGGUGACUACAGCACCCAGGCAGACGUCCCUGAACUCGCCCAGGUCUUCCCUAUGGCACGACUGCGUGCCCGGGUCCAGAAUUCUGCCAGGACCUUCGCCCCAGGCUCCGGUACCAUCUCUGAACGAUGUGGAACAUCGGAAAAGAAACGCUCGAGCUUCUUGGAAGGGACACUGAGGCGCAGCUUCAGGAGCAGCUCCAUUAGUCAACAGCGUCUGGAGGACGAGAACCAGCUGGAGGUCUGGGUGAGGGAGGAGACAGCCACCAUUAGGACCAGCGUGAUGGACAAGUGGAGAAAGCUGCAGGGGAUGAACCAAGACCAGGCCGCAGCCAAGUACAUGGCGUUGGUGAAGGAGUGGCCGGGGUACGGAUCCACGCUCUUCAACGUGGAGUGUCUUGACGGGUCGUACCCGGCGGAGCUGUGGCUUGGGGUUAGCCGUGAGGCCGUGUCACUGUACAAGCGUGGGGAGCCCUGGCCGCUGGAGGUCUUCAGCUACGAGCAGAUCCUGUCCUUCGGAGCGCCGCUGCCCAACGUCUACAAGGUCGCAGUGGAGGGUCGCGAGCUGACCUUCCACACGGAGAUGGUGAUGGACGUGGCCAAGCUGAUGAAGGCCUACAUCAGCAUGAUCGUCAAGAAGCGCUUCAGCAACUCGCUCGGCAGCCAGACCGCUGCCUGGUGACCUUUGACCUCUGUGAGGUCUCACGGGUCGUGGCUUGACGUGGACGGACGUGGACGGACGUGGACACCGCGGCGCCAUCUGACUGAAGGGCAGGUGUCUGCUUGUGGGCCUCACUGUUUGGGUUCUCGAAGAUGGGUCCGACUGUGUGAGCGCCACCUACCUGUGGAGUAGCGAAAGUACAAUCGAAAGCACAACGAGGUCAAGUGGACUUCAACAGAGCACUGACGGAAAGAGCGCCCCCGUGUGUUUGAAAAUAUAAUGCAGCUGAGUGUUGCUGGGGAGCAACGUCACCGACUGCGGGUCGAACCCCGACAACGCUCUUCCAAAGAAAACCUAGAGCCUUUACGAAGAUUACACUUUUUAAUUUUCGUCUUGACAGACUUGUUUAGAGCAACCAAGUUUUCAUUCCUAUGUUCCACCCCAUGACUUCUCACUCCAAUCACAAAGGGUCUCAACAUUCCGAUGCCUGAAUGCAGCAGUUGGUGGAGCACAAGUGGUUCCACAAGGUUCUAUGUGCCUUAAUGUUCCUUUUGUCUUCUGCUCCCGACCUGCCAGUUCAAGUUUGUGAUUGUAUCUUUGUCGGUGGAGAUUUUCUUGAAGGUGUUAAUAAACCAAUGAAGUUGCUCAGAGUCUCUGGCAGGGUCACAUGACCUGACUGAGAGUGCGAAAGAUGAGCCAGAAGACCCUCAAGAUCCCCCUCCUCAAGAGCCUCUAAUAUAGAGUCUGCUGAGGGGGUCGCACCAUAUCCAGGUUCACUCAUUUAGCUUUCAGCAGCUUCCUUCUAAAAGAAGACACGAUGAAGUCCUCAAGCUCUUGAUCCUGGAGUUUGAUCAGAACCAUGACACGGUCUGCUGAUCCCCACCUCUUGCACAAGCCUUUGAAAAUGGUCUUCACGAUCUUUUCAAACUUGUCGGGGCUGAUUUUCAUCUGCAGGUUCUCCACCUCGGCCCAGGUCUUGUCAAAGAGCCUCUUGACCGUGAUCUCCGGCUUCCUCAGUGACCGGUUGAUCUCGGUCUUGAUAUGGAUCUGGGACACGAGCUUCUCCACCAGAGUUUCCAGACAGACCCUGGUAAAGUCUGUGG